AUGGGGGUUGCACCAUCAACUGUCGCAACCAUCCUGAAGGACCGACAAAAGAUCCUCGAGCAGCACCGAGGGUCCCAACUCGCACCGUCAAGAAAACGGCUCCGACUUGGGAAUUUCCAAGAAGUGGAUGCUGCAGUACUGACUUGGUUCAAGGGCGCGCGUUCUCAAAAUGUGCCGGUGUCAGGACCCAUGCUGCAGGAAAAAGCCCGGCAAUUCGCUGAUGCUUUGGACAUCACAGGCUUCGAAACAAGCGUGGGGUGGCUUCAUCGUUUCCGUGAAAGGAAUGGAAUCACCUGGCAAGUGGUGUCUGGUGAAGAGAAGGCGGCAGACACAGCAAGCGCUGCUGCAUGGAGGGACGAGAAGUUCCGCGAAAUCGUCGCUUCAUACUUCGAAGAUGAUAUAUUCAAUGCGGAUGAAAUGGCGUUCUUCUAUCAAAUGCUUCCUGAUAAAACCAUGCAUUUUAAAGGGAACAGCUGCAAAGGCGGCAAGCACUCCAAAGUCCGGAUUACGGUAUUGUUAUGCUGCAAUUCCACAGGCACCAAGAAGCUGAAGCCCUUGGUGAUCGGCAAAUACAAAAAGCCUCGCUGCAUGAGGAACGUUGUUUCGUUGCCGUGCGAUUAUCGGGCUAAUUCACGCGCGUGGAUGACACGAGAGUUAUUCUCUGAGUGGCUACUAAAGGUGGACGAUGAGAUGAGGAGCGCAGGUAGGAAAAUCCUGAUUAUCGCCGACAACUGCUCGGCGCAUCUUGUUAAUGUCAGGCUGACAAAUGUACAGCUGGAAUUCUUGCCUCCGAACUGUACUUCCUUGCUCCAGCCACUGGACCAAGGCAUCAUAAAAAGUGUCAAGGCCCAUUACCGGACACGCCUGGUUCAGCGAUUGCUGAUAAAUCUUCGGAUGAAGCUGCCUACCUCCAUCAAUGUGCGACAGGCCACAGAUAUGGUUACCGGGGCCUGGUGGAGCGUUACAUCAACCACCAUACAGAACUGCUGGAGGCAGGCAGGCUUGGUAGUAAUGCCAUCUGAGUCUGAACAAGGCAGCUAA